GAUCCAAGGUGCUGGUGUCUUGCCCUGCCUGGAGCCUGAGGUCCCACGUGCCCAUCCGCCUCCCAACGUCACCAAUGCGACCAUGGGAACUGGCAGUGAAUAGGCGGCCACCCUCUGCCCCUUUUAACCAGCGCCAUUUCUUGGGGGGACCCUGCAGCAGCCCCGACCACUUCCGGCGAAGCCCCCCUGCCAGGCGUCAGUGGGGACGACGCGACCGACCUCUGGCAACCCUGCUGGGCCAGGAUGAGCCCCAGCUGCACCCUGCCUUCCCCCAGCAGACGCACAUCCCUGUAGAUGAGCCCCGUGCCUACGCUCUCCCCAGCACGCCGCCACGAAUGCUUCACCCGGCCGCUCACCCACCCCACCAGAACCCAUUCAUGGUGGAUCUGCAUGACCAGGUGCACCAGGGACCUGUCCCUCUCUCCUACACGGUUACCACCGUCACGACGCAAGGCUUCCCCAUCCACGCCGGCCAGCACAUCCCUGG